AUGCGGCGGCGCUGCUGGGGGCCCGGGCCGGUCCGGCGGGAGCCCCGACCCGCCACCCCCCCGGACAAGAAGGAAAAGACACAUGAACUGUCCUCCUCAACAAUUGCAGAAGAGCCUGAGCCCUUUUCGUGUGUUCUGCAAGGAGAUGACAUCCAGGCGCUUGCAAUUAAGGUGGAGGACCUGGAGAAACUCCAUGCUCCACACCUUCCCCAUGAUGCUGGGAGAAUUCCAGUUAGGAGGAAAUACCUCGUUCGAAAAUACCGACCCAAAGAGACAAAGAAGGCAGCACAUCUCCUCGUAGCAUAUCCUACUUUCCUAAAGGCACCCAGGGAACCACUGACUUUUUCUGGACCAGGACUGUUUGAUGAUGGCUGUGAAGAGAUUCUCCCCCAUCACAUUUUGGGAAGUCUCCAGGAGUUCAAGAUGGAAGCCUUGGCCAGAGGAAACACUCAGAUAGCAGAUUUUAUUGAGGUUUCUUGUCAAGAUGUUACUGCAGCAGCUUUAAAAGAGGAACAUGGAGGAGAGAAGAAGAAAAAGGUUCAUCAGACCCCACCAGCAGAGCACAAAGCUCUCCAGAACUGGCACCGCAAUAUGGCAAUCAGGAAAAAGCAGGAGAAAUAUCUAGGAGAAAUUCUUCAGAGGCCAGAGAAUGAAUUGCUGAUGAGCAUCUCAGAGGAUUACAGGCAAAUCCAGGAAGAACGUGACCUCAUUGACCGGAGUCUCCCUGCCCUGCUUCCUGGCAAGGGCUACCGAAGAGGAAGCGAGUUCUGGAGCCAGCCUGAACGUGUUGGCGAUGAACUCACCGGUCUGACGAUCACACUGACUCAGAGAGAACGUGGCUACCCAGAGCCAGUCACUCAUGUGGGGAAACCCCACACUGUCCUCAUGGAAAUGGGUCUGAAGCCUCCAAAGAGGAUCCCUUUCCAUCUAACCUGGGAUAAGAGUCUUUUCCUGAAACAGCGACGGCAGGAGCUAAAAUCUAUCCUAGAGGAGCUAGAUUUUUAUAAGCCGGAUCUGGAUGGACUGGAGGUGAUUGGUAAAGGGCAGCCGUUCACAUCUGUCUCAACAGAGUCUUUUCCACGUUCCAGGGCUUCUGAAGAGUCUGAAACCCUCAGUGACUCCUUAAGGGACUACCCCAGUGUGGUUCCAGAAGCAGUACUGGGUCCAUCUUUAGAUUUCUGUGGGCAGCCUGCUCGUUGGAUCAACUGCAGCACCUCUUGCAGGGAUGAAAUUGGCAUUGCUGCCCGGCUCACCUUUGAGACUUUGGCUGGUGAGAAAGCUGAAAGCUCCCUGACGGUGAGCAAUGAUGGCACAGCUGCCAUCUGGUAUAACUGGAUGAGGCUUCCCCAGCAGAUUCCCUCCAGAGAAACCGAGGGGAAGAGGAUGCAGUGUUUUUACUUUGAUACUAGACCAGGUGUAAUUUUGCCUAGGGAAACUAGGAAGUUUUCCUUUCUUUUCAAGUCAGAGAGAGCAGGCAUUUUCAGCGAGUCCUGGGAAUUUAGGACACAUCCUCUGUUAUUAGGAGGAGCUCUGCUGCAGGUGACCCUUUGGGGAAUUGCUGUGUACGAGGAUAAAUUGGCUGACCUCAGAGAGAAACUGGAGAGUGACCUGGCUGCUCGAGAAGGUGCUACUAUAGUAGAAGAGAUUCUGAAGAAACUUCUUGUCCAAAUUCGGACCCCAGAGCGCACCCCAUCUCCUGUGGGUGCCUAUGUCACAGAGGAAGAGUUGUUCCACCAGAAGAAUCCCGAGUUGCAUUAUCAGCAUCGAGUGGUAAAGCAGCUGCAUGAACUAUGGAGACAGCACAUGACUGUUCCUUCAGCCUUUGAGGAGAAGGUGCCCUCGGGCCAGAAGAGCACUGCGGAGGACAUGCAGUACCAGGAGAGUACCUCAGAGGCUCUCCCUGCUCAGAGCAGCACUACAGAGGUGCCGGGUUGGAAGAACACGCUAGAGGAGGCUCUGAGUCAAAUGACGAAUGUGGAAGAGGAAGAACCAGGCCCCUCAGGAUGGAACCUUUCCUUCGAGGACUUUAAGCAGGCUAUAAAGUCAAUCCCCAAGGAGGAGCAGCGAGAAGAAGCACUGACCCAGCUCAGUCAGGCAGCACUGGAGCUGUGUGUUGAACAGAGGCCAACUCAGUCAGACCUUUUGUAUCAAACCUGUCUCCAGCUGUGGCGUGAAACAAUUGAUGGUCUGGUGAGUCACUCUCUGAAGCUGAGAUCCCUGCUUGGCUUGCCUGAGAAGGACACCUAUGUAGAUGUUCCAGAGGAAACAGUGGAAGUAAAGCAACCUAUAAAAGGAGAAAAGGAAGACAAAAUAACCAUUAGGAAAGAAGAGAGAAGGUCAUUUGGUGGUAAGGAUAAAGAAGGCAAAAAAAGAACAACAAAGACAGUGGGGAAAGAGAAAGAGGAGCAGCCAAGCAGCAGGAAGUUCAAAGUAAAAGAUGAGAAAAAGCUGAAAUCUUCCACUUCAUCGCAGGAGGUGAAAGAGGGAGCGCAACCUGUGGAAGCUGUAACUGCAGAUAGAGUAGAACCUCCUCAGGAGCAGGAGGACCCUAUUUUGUUUGGGACAUACCAGGAAAAACUUUAUAUUGAACAAGGUAAGUGUGAAAUACAAGGUAAGACGUCCUUUAUUCCAGCCUGGAAUCUGUUAAUGUCAGUCCAGCCAUCAUAGCCACAUGCGGGAUUUCUGUCUGGGAUGUCUUUAGCAUGCUUGCGGACUCUUGAGAGAUCAGCGGAAUUAAUUGUAUUUCAGAUAAUGUUAAACACACUUCACAGCCAGAAAAGUUAUUACUAGAGCUAAGCACUGUUAGGAAGCAGCCACUUUUAUGUGGUUGUGUGUGUGCCCAUACAUUAGCGUGCGUGAGAAACCAUCUCUCUGUCAGUCUCAUCAUCAGGAUUUCUUCAUGUGUUCUCACUGUAACUAUCUUCUGUUAAUUUCUGCUGCAGGUUUAUGGGCUGCUGGAUUCAAUGGUGAGCAAAAUGGUUUCUUUAUUUGAGGAACUAAAGAAAAAAGGUGCUCUAAAAUGGGAGAGUGAAGGCCUUUGUAACUAGAAAUAAACUUAUUUUAAAAAAAUAAAUAAUGUUAUUUACACAGAUCAAGUGGAGACUCUUCUUUAUGAAGUGAGGCACUGAUUACAAAUACUGGGCUGCCUCUUUUCUGACAUGCUGUGAUGCAAGACUAUUGCUAGAUCACCUGUUACUGCUACAGAUGAUCGCUUGCCAAGAAGAGACAAGGCAAGAAAUACCACAGCCUCAGAAACCAUUAAGAGUAGAAAACACUGGCAUUUCUGCUAAGGAAGAAGAACUUUAAAAGCGCCAGUCAACACGAGAUAGGUCUUACUCUUUGAUUCUCAAUCUCGCUUGGCUAGCAGGUGAGUGAGCAGAGUGUCCCUUGUACUCAUGAGCCCGGGACAGUAACUAAGAAAAAUUCAUCCAAGUUUUUCUCUUAUUCUUGACUACUUGUCCAGUCUCCUCGCAGGACUCGCUGAUGGCAGGCUUCUCUGAGGCAUUCUGGAUCCCAGUGAAAACGUGCUAUCCUAAGGGGUGUGCCACCCUGCCUGGUUUUGCACCCGUGAGUUUAUUUCUUGUGCCGAUCUUCCCCUCUCUUUCCAUCCAGCUCACGGUACCUAUGCCCCAUUCUGAGCCAACUCUUACUUGCUUCCUUCCAAGACUAAUCACUCUUGAGUUAGAAUGGGUGAAAUUCAUGCUGUAAAUAUUGUGAGCAUGGUUAGGCCUUGUGUUGGAGCCGCCCCUCCUGUCUCUGUCAGCCUGUGUGUGCGUCUGGGCUUAUCGCCGCUUUCUGCCUGGGUUUCCUUGUGCAUCAAAGCUGGAAUGGAGCUUUUUGUGGAGGCAUCCCAGGUCUGAGUGUCGCACGCUCUGCAGCUGGGCUUGGGUCGGAGCAGGUUUCCACGGCAGAGUGAGCUGGGUGCAGGGUCUCUCUUGACCUGGCGUGAAGAGAGACCUGGCGUAUGUCGGUAAAGUGCCGUCUCCCUGCUAGAGCAGCUGGACGGCAUUCC